UUAGAAAUACCCGAUUUUAUUGAAGACCGCUGUUAUCAAAAACUAUGUGCCCUACGAAGCCUGUUUCGUGUCGUGUUUUGAACUACAUCCGGUCGAGACGUCUGCGCACUCCCAGUAAUGUUAUCGAGCCGCCCUUCCUCUCCGCCAACUUGCACCGCAGGGUCCGGGCGGACGGUCUACUCGCAACGACCAUUAGGGAAAUCGGAACAGGCUGCGUUCGUUAAUGAGCAACACUUCAAGUCGACAUGCAAGCCCCGUCUCCAAAUGAAAACGAUCCGGUUCUUCCGCUGUCCUCUCUGCGUCUCUUCAUACCGCCGCUGCGACUGGUGUCUGCAGCCAUGUGGCAGGUGGUCCAGAGAGGUGAUGUUCAGGAUUAUGGGCUGUUGGAGGAGUUCAUCAGCACGGUUACAGACAUUGUCCCUGAGCUGUUGAAUCCGGAUCAGAAAGCCCAGCUCCUCUUGGGGCUUAGAGCAAAGGUCAUUCUUGACAUAUGCCGGGCUGAGCGAAUGACAGAUUUGGAGACCAUUGAGAUGCACUUGGAAAGGAUCAAAACCCUAAUAUCCACUUGGGCGGCACAGCCAUGUUUUGCAGAGGUAGAGUUUCCAGAAUCAAACUUUGUGGAUCAAAUUGAGUCACUAUUGAAAGAUCCUGCAGAAAAGGAGAAGCUUUUCCAGGAUGUGUUCCCUAUAGAUUUUGGGCCGGAUUAUGACAAUGCUCUCCAGAUGCUUAUGCUAGAUUUUCUAUCCAGACUGGAAAGGCUCCUUCCCAUACCAGACCUUCAGCAGACUGCAUCCAUGCUCAGCGCUGUCCCGUCUGCACUAGAGGAAUGUGUGCAGUCUGUUCCUGACCCCCAGCAACUAAAAACUGUACUCCAGUACCACACAACACUUGGACAUUUGGAUUUAAUUGAUGAAACACAGACCAUUCCGUCUUCCUUUGGGAACUGCAUUCUGUCUUCUCUGUCUCUGCCUCAGCUGGAGAAAGUUGUGAUUGAUGCAGACCAAAUACAGUUGCAGACUCCAUCAGAGCAGAUGCAUGGCUGUAUGACAGUACAGGUUGAGGGGGAAACCGUAACACUGUUGGACUACAUACAAAUUGAACAGCCAUCAGGUCUGGCUGAAGAACAGGAUUCUGUAAAAUUUGAAGCUGAAGAGGAUCCAGAUGGGGCCAUAAUUGAUGAGGAAAAUGCUGUGGCUAUCGGAUCCACUGAGGAAGGCAUCAAUCAUCAAAACCUCGCUGACACCCUCAAACCGGCAUCCUUCCAACCGCUGAAGCAAAGCAAAAGGCUUCAGUUGAAGAGGAAAGCUGCAAAAGAGAAGAAGGACUCCUCAGGUCUUACAACUAAGAGACCGAGAAGAAAAUUUUCAAACAACAAGACAUGUCCUGUAUGCGGUAAGAAUUUCCUGCGGGCCACGGCAAUGAGAAGACACCAGGAAAUUCAUUCUGAAAAUCGUCAACUCAGGUACAAGUGCCCCAACUGUGACAAACGAUUCAGGGACCAGUACGACAUGACUCGGCAUAACAUGCGUGUCCAUGAAAAGGAAGAGCUGUUGAAAGAUGAAGUGGAAAACGAGGGCUCAGGAGAUCCUGGCACUUCUGAGUCACAGGAAGCCAAAUACUGCUUUCUCUGUGGGAAGUAUUUUGCUCGCCGAGUAGAUAUGGAAAGGCACAUGAAGUCCCACUCUGAAGAUCGUCCAUAUAAAUGUGCCUACUGUGAAAAGAAAUUCAAGAAUCCAUAUGUCUUGAAGAGGCAUCAGAAAGAGAUAUGCAAAAGUAAAGACCUGGAGAAACCCAACUUUGGGCACAGCAAUGCAGCAACAAAGAGCUCAGAUUCAAAGUUGUGUUUAGAGGGGCCGACAGAUGGCAAAAUCUGUCCCAUCUGCAGCCGGAUUUUGCCUUGCACUGCAGACAUGAGUAAACAUUUGCGAUCCCACACAGAAGAACGUCCCUUUAUCUGUGUCACUUGUGAGAAGGGCUUCAAGUACAAGGACACACUGAAGAAACAUCAGAUAAUCCACAGUCACGAGGGUAUCCGAGAGGAACAGACUAAGACAGUGGAACAGAUUUUGGCCGAGGCUGACCAACAAAGUUUUAUCAUUAGCCUUGACAGGGAAAAUAAUCCAGACCCUCCUGCUGCAACUUCAGGAGAAAUCCUGUCCGCUGCUCCUGAACAACCUACUAAAAAAGCUGUUAAAGUGUGCCCAGUUUGUGCAAGGGCAUUCGAUAGUGUAAAAAUACUUAAUAAACACAUGCAGUGUCAUACUGAGGAUCGGCCGUACCACUGUGUUCAUUGUAAGAGACGCUUCAAACACAUGCACGGGCUGAAAAGACACCAGAUUUAUGCCAUUUGCCACAAGAAGAUGGUGCGAUUCACCACACUGAAAAAAGACCAUAAAGGUGGCGCUGGCCAUGACACACAACAGGGGACACCCCUCAAGAUCCCGGUAUGGUGCUCCAAUUGCGGCAAGCAUUUUGAAUACUUAUCUGCUCUGAAGGAACACCAGGAAAACAUUUGCAAGGUGGAGAUGAAGGAAAUCAUGAAAUGUGACGACUGCGGGAAAGAGUUCAAGAGCAUGACCAUGCUCAAGGUGCACCAGAGAAUUCAUGACCCCCUCUACUGCAAAGAGUGUGGGAAGAUCCUCGCAAACAAGCCUGCCUUUGAGAGACACAAGCUCAUGCACAAACCCAUCCAAUGCACAAUGUGCGAGAAGACCUUCACUCUUCUAAGACGCUUGAGGGAACACUAUGAGAAGCAGCAUAAUUUCACGGGACCAUACCCUUGCACACAAUGCGAGAAGACCUUCACUCAGCUGUCCUACCUAGCCAUCCACGAGAGAGUCCACAACGGGGAGUUCCCGUAUGAGUGUAACAUGUGUCCAGAGAAGUUCAGGUCCUCCAACUGUCUCACAGUCCACCAGCGGAAACAUACCGGGGAGAAGCCUUUUCUGUGCUGGCAGUGCGGCAAGUGCUACCGGUCGGCCUCCGAGCUGACGGUGCACAUGGGAACUCAUUCGGAGGAGAAGCCCUGGGCCUGCACUCAGUGCGACAUGGCUUACCGGACGAAGCUGCAGCUGACGAACCACGUGGAGCAAAUCCACAUCGGUGUGAGGUACCCCUGCAACAGCUGCGGAAAGCAGUUCAUGAAAGAGAUGUCCUUGAAGAGGCACGAACUAACCCACACUGGCGAGAGGCCGCAUCAGUGCACGGAGUGUGGAAAGACCUUCCUGACCGCUAAUGAGCUGAGGCUCCACACCAGGUAUCACACCGGGGAGCGUCCCUACAAAUGUGACGUGUGCGGAAAGGCCUUCAUCCAGUCGGGGUAUCUGAAGUCACACAUGCGCAUCCACACGGGAGAGAAGCCAUUUAAAUGCGACCUGUGCGACAAAGCCUUCAGGUUGUCCUAUCACAUGAAAAAGCACAGACGAACGCACAUUGAAAAGGCAAAGAGCCACGUGUGCGAGGAAUGCGGGUUAGCUUUCACCCACAGAAAGUCUCUUUGUGAGCACGCAGUCACUCAUGAAGGGAAAAUAGUGCCCUCUUUCACUCAGGAAGUGAGAAUAGAGUUUCAGCAGUAAGUAAAGUCUGUUAUUUUCACAUUGGUUCCCCCCCCCCCCACCUUGGAUUACUACGUCGGUCUUUUUUAGGAUUGUAGUCUCUCAGAGAGAGUAAUAAACUGGCCGAACACAAAGCAUAUAGUCUGGAUUUCUUAUUUAUGUUUCGUCUCCUAAAUUUCUUUUUCAGGUUUGUUUAUACACAAGUGGGUUUGGUUUGUCACACUGCUUUAAAUGACCCGUAAUGACUGUAGAUACUGGAAUCUAUUAGUUAUUUUUGCUUAUGCGGAAAUUGAAAUAAAUGAA